AAUAGCGUGUUAUUAAGGUUUCAGUUCACACACAAAACAGAGCGUGGAAACGGAGGAGAUCGGAGGGCUAGCGGCCCGCAGGCCCAGCAGCAACUCCUAUCACCAUUUUCUGUCGUGGGAGCAUGUCUACCCUCUUCCGCCGCCGCUCACUGGCGGCUUACGUCUACGGCCAUGUGCUGAACUCCCAUAAGGUCCACACUUCAACAGCUCCACUGCUGCAGGAAACCGGUCUCUACGGUUUCAACCACUUGAAAACUCCCAAAGGCUUCCGACGCUUUGUUGAGGACGCCAUAGAAAGGUCAAAUGAGCUCGUCACCUUUAUUUCUGGAAUGCCAUCUGCUCCGGAAAUUAUCGGAGCCAUGGAUGAGAUAUCCGAUACAGUAUGUUCAGUUAUUGACUCUGCAGAACUGUGUAGAGCUACACAUCCGGACAGGGAAUUUGUUGAGGAGGCAAGCGAGGCGUCCCUGAGGAUUAAUGAAUAUAUUCAUCAUCUUAAUACAAAUCAUUGCCUGUACAUGGCGGUGGUAAAAGCUGAGCAGGAUUCCCAUUUGCUAAAUGAAGAAGCUCAAAGAGUAGCCCAUCAUUUACGUCUUGACUUGGAAAAGGCUGGCAUUCAUCUGCCUAGUGAACAGUUGGAUCGAGCUAAUCAGCUUAAUAUGGAGAUUGUUCAGCUGUGCAGAGAGUUCAAUGAAAAUAUUAUCAAUGAUCCAGGUCACAUGGAUAUCUUUCCAGCAUCACACAUCCCAAAAAAGUUACACCAUCUUGCUAGGCCUAUCUAUCGGACUACAUCAGGUGCAUUUGGGGGAUCAGCAUGGUCUAUGACAAACAUGAAAGAGAAGGGCUUUCGAUUACCAACCGAUCCAAAUACUCUCUCCUCUAUUCUGCAAUGGGUAUCAGAUGCUGAGAUUAGGAAAACCGCUUAUAUACAAGGAAACUCUGCCCCACUUGGAAAUCUUGGUGUCCUCGAUAAGCUUAUUGCAGCUCGUCAUGAGUUUGCGCAGAUUAUGGGCCAUAGUUCCUAUGCAGAUCUUGCUGUUCACUCAAGUAUGGCUUCAUCACCUGAUAUCGUAUUAUCGUUUUUGCUUGAAAUGAGCGAAAUAGUUAGACCUAGGGCUGAUGAGGAGUUUAAGACAAUUUGGAAUUUCAAGAGAGAGAAAAGUGGCCAGCUCUAUGGAGACUUGGAGCCAUGGGAUGAAACAUACUUUACCGCUAUAAUGAAGUCUGCAGUUUAUGAUUUAGAUUCCUCGGUUGUUGCAUCAUUUUUUCCUUUAUCCCAAUGUCUUGAGGGCUUGAAAGUUCUUGCUGAGUCGUUGUUUGGUGUGACAUUUCACCAUAUUCCUCUUGCCCCUGGUGAAUCAUGGCACCCAGACGUCAUUAAAGUAGCCCUACACCACCCGGAUGAGGGUGACUUAGGGUACUUGUACCUUGAUUUGAAAUCGAGAAAGAAUAAGCAUCCUGUUUGUGCUCAUUUUGCUAUCAAAGGGGGACGUCGAUUAUCUGAAACAGAUUAUCAACUUCCUAUUGUAGCCCUAGUCUGCAACUUCUUGGGCUCUAAACCAGCAUCUUUACUCAACCACUGGGAAGUAGAAACACUUUUCCAUGAGUUUGGACAUGCACUUCAUUCAUUGCUUUCCAGAACGGAUUACCAGCAUUUUUCAGGGACCAGAGUUGUUAUCGAUUUUGCUGAGACACCUUCCAAUCUCUUUCAGUACUAUGCUUGGGAUUUUCGGAUCCUGAAGACAUUUGCUAGGCAUUAUUCUACCGGUGACGUAAUACCUGAAGAUUUGGUGAAAUCCAUAAGGGGAGCCAAAGAUAUGUUUUCUGGUACUGAGUUGCAGCGACAGAUAUUUUACGCUUUAAUUGACCAAAAGUUGUUUGGGGAAGAGGCAUCCUCCAUAAGGGAUACUGCUUCAAUUGUAGCGGAAUUAAAAAGACAACAUACCAGUUGGAAGCAUGUUGAUGGCACACAUUGGCACACCCGAUUUGGUCAUCUUGCAUCAUAUGGGGCAGGAUAUUACAGCUACUUGUAUGCCAAAUGCUUUGCUGCAACAAUAUGGCAAAAGAUUUGUGAAGAGGAUCCGCUCUCAUUAGCCGCAGGAUCUGCUAUUAGGCACAAGUUCUUGCAGCACGGAGGAGCCAAGGAUCCUGGUGAUAUAUUAAAUGAUCUCGUGGGAAAAGGUAUCUUAAAUUCUCGUUAUGGCGGUAUAGUUCCUGACAUUACAAGCCUGAGUCAUGAAAUGGAGCUAAAGAAUUAGCAACCUGAAGUGGUGACUGUACAAGAAUCGGAGAAGUUGAGUUAGACGGCAAGAAAACACAUUUGUAGGUGUAUUAUGUACAAAACCAUCUACGGCUCAAGUGAACAAGUGGCUGCUGCUGUUCUGUCAUCUUGACGCUCCAAGUCACAAAGAAAGUUGACGCAUCAAGAUUACCACCACAACCACUGGGCCAUUGGCUCAGUGGCCACUGGCCACCACCUAGUUGGUGAUCCCUUGCCUCCCAUAAAAAAUGUCACAUUUAAGUGGCUUGUUUUAAAAAAAAAUUCAGGCGGGUGUGCUGUGUAUCUGUCUAGUCCGGUGGUAGUUCAGUCCCCUCCGGAUUAUUUCUGGGCCUCCUUAGGUCCGCCCCUUCCCCCUUAGUGUAAGAUAGAUUAGGUUUAUCGUCUUUGAAAAAAAAAAAAUCAAGAUUACCACCACUUGUAGGUGUAUUCUGCAAGCGUCAAACACUAAAUAGGGCCCCGGUUGGCAUAGAGCUGUCUUGUAUCGUCUUGACGCCUUUCGAUUGUCUUGGCGACUGUAGACAUGUACUCUUAUCAAUCGCUUAUUUAGACAUAAAAAUAAGAAAAACCGGCAUUGGCAGCAUUUUGGUCC